UCUACUAAAAAAAAGGCUAUGCAGACGUGUUUUUAACCUUGUCAAAAUUAUUCGUACAUGCGAGUUCUGUGCUGCUAAAUCUAAUGUGCGCUACUACACUUUGUGCUUAAUGAUACACUGUCAGUUCAUUACCAUUACACCGUUCUUCUUUCUUGUAUAGUUAGGCAGUGGGAUUGUUUUUACUCAUUAAAAUGUUCACCAGUUUAUGUACCUAUUUAGAUGAUCCGCUACUUUGGCGUUAACAAUUUUUACUUUACAUUUUAUCACGAAUAUUGGAGUAUUCAAGAAGAUGAGCGAACCCUGCAUUACUUUUGAAUCGCUUUACAUCAAUACGGAUGUAACGUGUGUGAAAUGUUACGGAGAUUACGUGCUGACAGGAACUGGACCGUGGUUCAGUAUAUAUAAUGCAGAGACCUCAGAAUGUUUAUUAAAUUGUUUGGUCUUCCAUGGACAGAGGAUUCACGGUAUAGUUCCACAGUCAGAUGAAAGAAUUGCUAUUUUUGGUGGAAGACAAGUUGUUUUUCUUCACUUAAACCUGAAUUUUAAAGAAAUCCUUAACAAAAUCAGAUGUCAUGUUGAUGAGUGGAUCAUUGAACUUCAUUGGUUGGAAUGUGGAAGAAAAUUUGCCAUUCUUACUGCAGAUAAUGUCAUUUCACUCUGGAAGAUGAAUGAACCAGAGCAACUUGCUAAAGUUUCUUGCAAGUUAAACUGUCUUCUCUAUAGUGCUGUCAUGCUUAAAGAAUCAUGGUCAAACCUGAUUGUGUUAGCAGGCACAGCAUUUGGGAAAAUUCUUGUAUGGAAACCUGCUCUUAAUCUUUCAGAAAAACAGGAACACAUCCUGCAUACACUUACUGGGCAUGAUGGUGUUGUAUCAUCUGUAUCAUAUGAUGCAGAGACUAGUGUCAUCUGUACCACUUCAGAUGACCGCUCAGUAAAAAUAUGGAAAGUGAACCUGAAUCAUGAGGAAUAUUGGGAAACUGCAUCAAUUCAGUUAGUCUGUUCAUUGUAUGGACACACAGCAAGAGUAUGGAAGGCUGUCACAGUGAACAGAACUGUAGUUAGUGUUGGUGAGGAUUCAUCUGUAAUGGUGUGGGGAUUUGAAGGAAAAUUGCUGAAACAGUGGAAGUAUCAUCAGAGCACUACCAUAUGGGCUAUGGACUACAGCACUGAGAAAAACAUUGUUGUUGUCGGUGGAAGUGAUGGGGGAGUUAUUGCAUGGCCAUUUAAUAUGUGGAGAGAAGAGAGUUUGAAUCAUGCACAAUUGUCUUUCCACGGGUGCUUAAACAAUUCAGUUAAUCAUGUAAAUCAUAUAGAUGGCAUCAUACUUCGCCGUAUUGUUAUUUUAAAGGAUAACCAUGUAGUGGCAUUAACUAAAAAUGCCGCUCUUUGGCAUUAUGAUGACUGCCAUGGUGCCGAAUGUAAAUUUACAUUUGACUGCAAAAGAUUUUCAAAUAUAUGCCUUCUUGACAUCUCACCAUCUCGAGCUUUGCUUGCUAUUGCAUCAUGUGAUGGUGAAAUUCUUGUUAUGAGUGAUGAAAACUGCUGCAGAGGGGAAACCUUAACAAAACUGGUCAAAGUGCACUCUUCGGAAGGAGCCAUAUCAUCAUUGCACUGGGCUUCAGAUGACUGUUUAUUAGUAUGUUCCUCUUCUGGUCCUAUGGAGCUAUGGAAACUCAAAGCAGUUGGUGAUGAAUGUCACUCUCUUACCUGUCUUCAGAAGUUCAGCUUACCAACUAAGAAAAGGUCAUCUGUUAUGACAGCUGUGAUUCAUGACAGUCAUCUGUUAUUUGGUGACAGGACAGGAAACAUACAUGUUUAUGGUUUAAUAACCACUGAUGAUAACAAUGGGACAGUAAUGUUGGAUAAACUGCAUACAAAGCACCAGCAUGGAAAAGAAAGUGUCACAUUUAUAAUGAGCCUGAAAUCUGAAAUAAUUUCAGUUGGACGUGAUGGUAUGCUCUGCUGGUUUACUGUAGCAAAUAAAACAUUACAUGAGGUUUCUGUCUGUAGGCUACCUAUGGAAUGGCCUGCAAGAAUUCUUAUUGCAAAUGGUGGAAUCCUUAUUGCAGGUUUUGUUGAUGUGAAGUUUAUUGUUUGGAGCCAUGAAGAAAAACGAAUACUCCUAGAAGUUCAAUGUGGAGGUGGUCAUAGAGCAUGGGACUGUGCAGUUAAUGAAGAUAUUUUCACUUUUCUAUACCUGAAAGAUAAUGUUGUACACAGAUGCAUAUGUAGCUUAGUUGGUUUAACACGACCACACUUGCAGAAAGGUUUUCAUCUCAAGGACAUUAAUUGCCAGAAGCUUAUUUGUGAAAAUACAGUCAAAAUUCCAUACCGCCUUGUGGCAUGCGGUAGUGAAAACAAUACAGUUUAUCUUAUUUUUCUUCAAGCUGGCAUGGCACCUACAGUAGCAGCAGUUCUUGACACACACAUAUCCAGUGUGAGAACUCUGGAUGUAUGUUGCCUAAGAAAGUCUGAAGAAUCUGAUUUGUUCCUGCUGGUUACUGCUGGUGGAAGAGCUCAGUUGAAAGUGUGGAAAAUUUGUGUUUCACAUUCAGGAGAUGAAGCUGUAUUGCCACAAGUGUAUUGCUCUGAAGUUUGCUCAGAUAUUUUGAAUAAAUGUGGAGGUAAGAAGAAAGCACCUUGGAAGUCACUGCAGCCUGUGGCAGAGGCAGAUAUGCGGUAUAUGGACAUCUGCAUCUUGCAAACCGAACACACCCCAAGAGACACUUGUGAAUACACUGUUCCAUUUGCUUUUAUUUUGGCAGGGUGUUCAGAUGGGAACUGGAGGUUGCUAAAUUACAAUACACAGUGUGACCAUCUGAAUCAUCUGAAAGCAUUUCCCAGCCAAAUGUGUGUGUUGAAAGUUGGCUAUCUUUUCACCAGGAGCCAUUAUUUUGUUUUUACAAUGGACACCAAUGGAUGUUUAAAAUUGUGGAAUUUAACUGCUGAUAUCCAUGACACAGUAAGAAGUAAAUUUCAGAUGCCUAACAAUCAUAAAAAUUCCUUUGUUCAGACAGAGAAACAGAGAAAACCAUUGUUUUCAAUUAAAGUGCACCAAACAGGCAUUAAUAGUAGUGAUACAUUUAGUGUAUCAUGUGAGAGGUUUGUUAUUGGUACAGGCGGUGAUGAUAAUGCACUAUCACUAACCAUGCUUGAUUUGAAGAUUGGGAAUGCUGGAGAUAUGGAUGUAGUUUGUGUUUCUCAGUGGGAAGAUACAACUGCACAUCUUGCACAGAUUACAGGCAUAAAAAUGUUUAAUGGAUUCAUUAUUACUGGUUCUGUGGAUCAAUGCAUUGCAUUGUGGAGCUGGAGUUACCUAUCAUGCAAAUUGAAUGCUACGAAACUUCAAAGCUUUUGUAGUACCAUUACUGACAUUAAAGGAUUUCUUGCAUGGAGAACAGAGAAUGGAUUUACCAUUUCUCUUUAUGGUCAAGGCAUGGAAUUGAUCAAAGCCAUCGUGAAUGAUGAUCCGGACAAGGAGGCAGCUCAAAAAGUUUGAAAUCUGAAAGCAGAUUAGGUAUUAAGACGUACUCGGUGUUUCCUACUGAGCAAGGUGAUGCAGUGGUUAGCACUCUGGACUUGGAUUUGGGAGGAUGACAGUUCAACUCACCAUCCAGUCAUCCAGAUCUGGGUUAUCUGUGGAUUUCUUUCCCCAUUCUUGAAACAAUCUGAGCUUCUACUCUGUCUGUAAUGACAUCGAUGUUGAUGGGAUGUUAAACCCUAAUCUUCCUUCCUGGUUCCUUUUUUCAAUGUUUCUUCCAGUAAAUGGUCACUCAUUUAUUCAGACUCAGGAUUUAAUUUAAAUUUUCCAAUGUAAAUACAUAUCAUUUGGUAACUAAUGUUCUAUUAAAGAUACUUUGUUUUAUGGCUGUUGUUACUGUAUUUCAUUGUAGCAAAAGGAAUGUAGCAUGGACACCACAUGAGAUGUAGCCAGCUCUAAGAGUGUCACAUAAUACUUCCCCAUCAGCCUGUAAACUUCAGAUUAGUUUCAGUGUAUGAAAAAGGUAAAAGAAACAAAGGAAAACAUCUUCUUACCAGGCUGCUGCAGCUCAACCAUCUCAGAUAGAAAGCUCAAUAACUUUUAAAACUAGGAAUGUGAAGAAAAGAGGUUUUUCAAAUAACUGUACAGGAAUGGAUCCAGAACACUGGGUCUGUGGUCUGCCUGCAUACCAGAAAAUAACUUGGGUGACUGAAGUGAAAUAGAGAAUCAUUUUGCAGUAAAUGCCUCUCUCAACUAUUAUGUUGCUUGAUUAAUUCUCACACACACACACACACACACACACACACACACACACACACACACACACACACACACACACACACACACACACGGCUGCAUUUUCCCAGCUGACAACACUAAACCAUCACAGUAAUUCAACUGAUGGAGACUCCACUGGGUCCAGGAAGUUUGUUGUAGUUUAGUAAUUUCAGCUGUUUCUCAAUGUACACUAUCUUCUCCGUGGCAUGAGAAUGGCAGUGGGGCAGCAGUCCUGGAUUUUCCUUUGUAAAUGAACAUUUGAAAGUCAAAUUAAACAUUUCUGCUUUUGUCUUGCUACCUCAGUUUUAGUUCCAAUGUCAUUCAUGAGUGUCUGGCACUAACUCGGGUGCUACUGAAAGCCAUUAUAUUUAUGACCAGAAUUUCUUUGCCUCUUGUGAAGUGUCUUUCCAUUCAGCAAAUCUCUAUCUACAGCCCUAUGCUUUGUUUUGCACUUAUUGUGCAAUGUUCAGUGUUUCUUACUUACAGAGACUGUAUACCAAACAGAGACCACCUUUGUGAACUGACCUACUAUGAAUAUAUCUGUCCAGUCAUUAGUCAAUUAGUCCUCUAAACUUGAAUCAUAUUUUCAUUUUUUGUAGUCCUGUCUUCCUCAGUUGCGUGUAAUAUUACGGUAUAUUGAUAAUUUUUACUUAUGGACCGUAAGUGACAAAAAUGUAAAUUUAAAUAACUAACAUAUGUACAUA